UUCAGUUAAAUUAAACAUCUUCCUUGGAUAAUAGGGAGAGGGAUCUUGUUGCGAAUAUUCAACGGGAUCCCUCGCCGGUAGAGGAUCGUUCUCGGUUGGCUGUAUCUUUCUCUGGUAUCGUCGCAUGGCGGUCUGACACACUCACCAAACAAUUUUCUUCUUCAUUUCUAACGUUUUUUAUUCAAGAAAAUCAAAGCUAAGCAUCUCUGUAUUCUGCCUUUGCUCUGUUCUCGUCAUUUUCAUCACACACCAUUCCCUUCCAUUCCCAUGUCUUCCCACGUUUUCUCUUCUCCUCCAGCCCUCUUAAACUCCCUUCUUUACUCUCCCCCCAUUACCUGAGAACCAUUCACUUCUCACAGCCCUUUCUUAUACAAAACCCUUCUCUUCUUUUACAAUCAUGCCAAGACCUUUCUCUUCUGAAGAAAAUCCAUGCCCAUCUCAUUCUCUCAUCUGGGUUCGACACCGUCUCCAUUGCCUCCAAGCUCAUUCGCCUUUACGCCAACUUCAAUGACUUUCCCAGUGCCGUCUCUGUUCUCAACGCUUUCCCAGACCCGGAACCCAUGCUUUGGAACUCCAUCAUCAAGUCCCACUUCGACUCGGGUUUGUUCCUUUCUGCCCUUUUGUUGUAUAAAAACAUGAGGGAGGUGGGAGUUGAGCAUGAUGGUUUCACGUUUCCGAUUCUUAAUCAUGUUAUUAUGUCGAUUUGGGUUGAUGUACUCUAUGCGGAAAUGGUCCAUUGUGUUGGAAUUCGAAUGGGGUUUAUUGCUGAUUUGUAUUUCUGUAAUACCAUGAUGGAGGUUUAUGGGAAAUGUGGGUGUUUGGUUUAUGCUCGUCAUAUGUUUGAUGAAAUGCCUAACAGAGACUUGGUUUCUUGGACCUCGAUGAUUUCGGCGUAUGUUAAUGGUGGUGAUGUUGUUUGUGCUUUGGAUCUUUUUGAGGCAAUGAGGAGGGAGUUGGAGCCAAACUCGGUGACAGCAAUGGUGAUGCUGCAAGCUUGUUGUGCGACUCAAAAUUUUGUUCUGGGAAGGCAGCUUCAAUGUCAUGUGGUUAAGAAUGGUUUAUUGCUUGAUAUAGGUCUGCGGAACUCGUUUUUGCGAAUGUAUAGUCGACUGGGUGGGGAGGAUGAAGUUGGAGUUUUUUUCUCUGAAAUUGAUUGCAAGAAUGUUGUUUCGUGGAAUAUUUUGAUGUCAUUUUAUUCCUCCGUGGGGAAUAUUUUGAAAGUUGUGGAUAUCUUCAAUAAAAUCAUGGGUGAAGUUACACUCAGCAUUGAGACAUUAACCAUACUUAUAUCAGCAACUGCGACAUCUGAUUCCGGGUGUCUGAUACUAGGUGAAAAUCUACAUUCCUUGGCAAUUAAAAGUGGCCUUUAUGAUAGUAUUCUGCAGACUUCGUUGUUGGAUAUGUAUGCCAAGUUUGGGGAGUUGGAAAAUUCAGCUAAGUUGUUUAAGGAAAUCCCUAAUAGGAGCAUCAUUACUUGGGGGGCCAUGAUGUCUAGUUUUAUUCAGAAUGGACACUUCGAUGAGGCAGUUGAGAUCUUCAAGCAAAUGCAAGCUGCUGGCUUGAAACCCAGUGUUGGAGUUUUGAAACACUUAAUUGAUGCUUACGCCUAUUUGGGAGCUCUGCAGUUGGGUAAAGCAAUACAUUGUUACCUUAUCCGAAUCUAUGGAUUGGAGAUAUGUAAUACACACUUAGAAACAUCUCUCCUGAACAUGUAUGGAAGAUGUGGAAGCAUUGCUUCUGCUAGAAAAUGUUUUGACCUGAUCUUAACUAAAGAUGUUGUGGUGUGGACUUCCAUGAUUGACGUAUAUGGUGCUCAUGGACUAGGUAUUGAUGCCCUCAAUCUGUUCCAUCAGAUGAUGAGUGAAGAAGUGGCCCCAAAUAGUGUCACGUUCUUAAGUCUGUUAUCUGCUUGUAGCCACUCUGGCCUUGUAAGCGAGGGCUGUGAAAUCUUUUAUUCAAUGAGAUCAAGCUUCGAUAUUAAGCCUGAUUUAGAGCACUACACUUGUUUUGUUGAUCUUUUGAGUAGAUCAACAAGAGUAAGAGAGGCCUUUGCAAUUAUAUUGAGAAUGACAAAUCUCCGUGAUGGCAGGAUUUGGGGUGCUCUUAUGGGAGCCUGCCGGGUGUAUGGAGACAAUAAAAUCGCGAACUAUGCUGCACACAGGCUUCUUGAAUUAGAACCCGACAAUGUAGGCUAUUAUACUUUGUUGAGCAAUGCACAGGCUAGUGUUGGGCAGUGGCAUGAAGUCGAAAAGUUACGUAGUGUUGUGUAUGAGAAAGAUCUUGUCAAGAAACCAGGUUGGAGCUUCAUCGAGUUAAAUGGAACAAUUCAUGGCUUUGUUUCAGGAGAUAGAUCACACAACAAGACCAAUGAAAUUUAUGAUUUAUUGGUAUAUAUUAAUAGGAUAAAAUAGGGCAGGGGUUCUGUUCGUCUAAGCUACAAUAAGGGUGUCUAAUUAAACCUGGAAUUCUUUUUGCCUUUUGGCAUCUUCACUAUGCCAUAUGAAAGAAGGGAAUAUUGGUUAACCUCCGACAUAACUAUAUAGCAUUCCAUGAGAUCACGAGUGAUUAAAGGACUAGUUGGGAGUGAACAUUUGGACGUCUGAAAGUAAUCAGAAUAAUAAAUAUUGUUUGAAGUUUGAAGCAUGAACAUAUUAAAGGGAGAAGUCUAGUUAGUCAUCAUUGUAAGGUGAUGGUGCUGUAUCUAGCACAACUCUGAAGUUUGGUUUUGGGCACAGGCAAAUAGUAUGAGGUUCUUGGCCUGAGGCAUAGCUUAGGAAGAAACUGGGUCAGGCAGAGCUGAGGUAUCCCUACAUUUACUUUUCUUGGGGGAGGGGGUAAGUUUGACUGAAUUGUCCAUUUCACAUUGGUUGGGGAUCUUGAUCUGUUAGUAGAACAUGUGGGCAGUACAUAUUUCAAAUCUAACCUGUUCAGCCAAGCAUAUCAAAUCCUCCUAGAUUAUCUUGUUCAACUUUGUAGCUCAUCUAUCUUCCUCAAAACAUCUCCAUCGUCCUCAAACACCUCAGCGAACAUCAGUAGUCCAAGUAUUAGAGUUCAGAAGUUGUGUAGAAUCUAUAAAAUUCUGCAGAAAUUAUCAUCUUCAAAAGCUGCUCUCGAUGUCAUUCAUAUGGUAGGCGUGUCUUGAAAAGGUCUCAUCCAUGACAUUUCUAUUUAUUCAAUAUCUAGGCAUCGGUAGUAAUCCCAUGCUUUUAUUUUUUGCCAUGUAUUCACUUUGUCUUCUCGGUAGAGAGAAGAAGGAAGAAGGAAAGCGAUUUCCCAGAUUCAUUUUAUCUUUAGAUUAAAAAAAAGUUAUGAGGGUUUUCCCUCUAAUUUAUCCCCAAGUUUGUUAGAAUGUAAAAAUAUCCACCUCCAUCAGAGUUUCUAACUUGGCUUCUAA